CUGGGCGGUGCAAGAUGAUCUCUCGCCGGGGAACACCUUCGAUCCCAGUUCUCCCCCACCCAUAGCUACCACUUCUCCGCUGGAAGGCAAACGACUGGGGCCGGGGCACAGGGUCUUAUCAGGGCAACCCGAUAAAGUUGAGCCACAGACAAAACUGUCGGUUGUACGCGUUGGAGCACAUAGAACGGGUGGGGCGGUCGGUGUCCAAUGGGGGAUCGUCCCACUGGCUCAAAGUGCACACCGCCAGCGUUUAAAGUGCAGACCAGUGGCCUAAUCAUUCAUUUAUAGGCAAACUUUAUGGACGACAUUUCGAUAAAAUAUAAAAUACAAGCGACACCCGCUUGUUCGGCUUGGUUCCAGGGCCAAUAACUACAGCCUGUAGUAAUAUACUACAUAAUUAAACACGGCGUAAUCUUAUCGACGCUCGCCCGGAAUCCGUGGGCUCUAUAUUUUGUGUGUGCGCUGCCAGCGGAAGUCUUGGGCGGCAGUUGGCGAAUCAGCAGCUAUCAGCACGGAAGCGCAGCACCGUCAUGCGAUCUGAAGAUCUCAUGUCCAUCGGGGAUGCGGAACUGGGGAGCUUUCCAGUGGAGGAUCCGGGCGAGUAUGGCGUUUGCCUCGGGGAUCUGCAGUUGUUCGCCCAACUGGAGGGUCUCUCGGGCGAAGGUGGGUCCAUGGAGGUGGGGCUGCUCGGCACGGAUUCGGGAUUCGAUCUGCUGGAGCUAGUGAACCCCAUUCAGCUGAGAUCCCAAAGGAUCUGUGAGAAAAAGCAGCGAAUAGCCGCAGAACAGAAGCCAGUGGAGACGUGCAAGCCCAAGCGGAGACCAACGACUAGACGUCGCCCAGGAGCUGGCAAGGAUCACCCGUGCGACGUCUGCGGCAGGCGCUUCUCGGAGGCCUACAACCUGCGCAUUCACAAGAUGACCCACACGGACGAGCGGCCGCACGUGUGCGAGGAGUGCGGCAAGGCCUUCAGGCAGCUGAACAAGCUCCGCAUCCAUGCCGUGACCCACACGGCGGAGCGGCCGCACAAGUGCGACAUUUGCGAGAAGGGAUUUCGGUACGCCAACUACCUGGCUGUCCACCGGCGACUGCACACCGGGGAGAAGCCGUACCCGUGUCAGGCCGAGCACUGUCAGCUCUCCUUCCACUCCAUCCACGCCCGACGCAUCCACACCAAGCUGAGGCACUCGGCGCAAGCCGAUCCGGAUCCCGACCAGUCGUUGGGCGAGCACGAGCAGCGGGACACAUCUGCGCUGAGCUUCACCUGCCCGAUUUGCAGCCGGGUGCUCACGGAUCAGUGCUACCUGAGCAUCCACCUGAAGCGGCACUACAACCAGCGGGACUUCGCCUGUGCGCAGCCGCAGUGCGGCAAGCGGUUCUUCAGCGCCUCGGAGCUGAAGCACCACCAGAUCGCCCACUCCCAGCUGCGUCCCUUCGCCUGUCCCAUGUGUCCGGCCCGAUUCCUGCGCAAGUCCAACCACAAGCAGCACCUCAAGGUGCACGAGCGCUGAAGGUGGAGUUGAGAGUUGGUUCUACAUUUGAGUUCGUUUCUGUGCCAGGAAGAGGCUUGCCUUAUGGGAGGAUUCAUUAGGUGUAAGCUCACAAAACUAUACUUAAAUGAUUUAAAAUUUUUAAAAAUUAUUAUAUUGUUGUAUAUGCUCCGAUUAAGAACGACAAGCCCCUCCCCAUCUACUCCUGUUCAAUCCACAAAAUCCAACACACGACCCAGGCCAAAGCUCCGCCAACGUGGGCUCGGCUGCGCUUUCCAUUCAAUAUAAGUGUUUAUUUAUAUAUACGAA